AUGCAGUUCCUCACUCUUGCUCUGGCCCUGGCCGCCCCCAUUGCGGCCCUGCCCGCUGCCCAAUCCCCUCGGCCCCUCGAGGACCCCAUCAAGUCUCCCUUCCCCAUCCACCACAGCUGCAAUGCAACCGAGCAGCGCCAGCUCGCCACCGCGCUCCAGGAGACAGUGGACCUCGUCUCACACGCAAAGACCCACAUCCUGCGCUGGGGCAACGAGAGCGCCAUCUACCGCAAGUACUUUGGCGACCGGCCCUCCAUCACCGCCAUUGGCGCCUACGACAUCAUCAUCAACGGGAACCCGGAUCACGUCCUCUUCCGCUGUGACAACCCCGAUGGAAACUGCGAGCUCGAUGGCUGGGGCGGCCACUGGCGCGGCGAAAACGCCACGGACGAAACCGUCAUCUGCGAACUGAGCUACCAGACCCGUCGCUCCCUGAGCACCAUGUGCGCCCUGGGCUACACCGUCUCCGAGUCCGAGACCAACACCUUCUGGGCCGGCGACCUGCUCCACCGUCUCUACCACAUGCCCGCGAUCGGCCAGGGGCUCGUCGAGCACUACGCGGACGGCUACGAGGGUGUUCUCGAGCUCGCUGAGGGCAACAGGACCGAGGCCGUGCACGACUCGGAGACGCUGCAGUACUUUGCUCUCGAGGUGUAUGCGUACGAUAUUGUUGUUCCUGGCGUUGGGUGUGUUGGUGGUGAAGAGGAGGAGUUGGCUGAUGACCAGACGGAGGAGACGGAGGAGGCUCCAGCUGAUGAGCAGGAGGAUGAGGCUGCUGAUGAGGAAAUUCCUGAGAACUGCCACACCCACGAAGGUGGAGAGCUCCACUGCAUCUAG